AUUCAGCACAAGAAAAAGAGCAAAACUUCAAGCAGACAGACUCUUGAAUUCUUGAUAAGUUCAGGAUAAGUUCAGUCUAUAUCUUAUAAGGGGCACACUUCUAGCAGUUCCAACAGCAGUGACAAUGAAAAAUUGUACCAAUCAUUCCACCUGCUCAUUCAAUGCCUCAGACACUAACAGGGGGCAUUCUAACCUGUCAUCAGUCCUCAGCACUACUCUAACUGCUCUCAUGUGUCUGGUGGUGUUUUCUCUCGGCUGUACUGUGGAAGCAAGGAAGCUGUGGUCCCAUCUGAAGAGACCAUGGGGGAUACUUGUAGGACUACUCUGCCAGUUUGGGCUGAUGCCUCUUCUUGCCUUUGCCCUUGCAAAAGCUUUCUCUGUGAAACCUGUUCAGGCUGUGGCCAUUCUUAUAAUGGGCUGCUGCCCUGGAGGCACCAUAUCCAACAUUUUAACUUACUGGAUAGAUGGAGACAUGGACCUCAGUAUCUGUAUGACAGCAACUUCAACAGUGCUAGCAAUGGGAAUGAUGCCACUUUGCCUCUAUAUCUACACAUCUUCUUGGGUCCAUGCAGAAAAUAUUAGAAUUCCCUAUUAUAAUAUAGGCACCACUUUAAUAACCUUAAUUGUUCCGAUUAGUGGUGGAGUGUUCGUAAAUUAUAAAUGGCCGAAGCAAGCAAAGAUCAUUCUCAAGGUUGGGUCUACUGUAGGGGGACUUCUUAUCCUUGCAAUUGCUAUAGCUAGCUCGGUGCUGUACAAGGGCUCCUGGAACACAGACAUCUCUAUUUUGAUUAUUGGAAUCAUCUAUCCACUGCUCGGAUACACAGCAGGAUUUGUGUUGGCUGUUAUCUUGCAGCAGCCAUGGUUCAGAUGCAGAACAGUUGCUUUGGAAACUGGAGCACAAAACGUACAGCUUUGUACAACCAUACUGCAAGUGUCAUUCUCUCCCGAACAGCUUGUUCUAAUGUUUACUUUUCCGAUGAUUUAUGGAUCUUUCCAACUUAUUUACGGGCUACUUAUGGUAGCAGUUGUAAAGAUAAGCAAAAGGAUAUGUCAGAAAAAAUUACAGGACCAUUCAGAAGAUUCGCCUGUCUGUGAGGAUGUUGCUGAUACAAUGCCAAGUGGAAACAUUCUCAAUGGUGCUAUCAACCCAGGCUUUGCAUACAGUCCAUCACAAGAGAUAUCUUCCUGUGUUACAGUAAAAUAUACAAAUACUACUGACAUUACCCAGAAGGACAAGGAAACAGAGGAUGCCCAUUUAUGAUAAUGCUGAAACAUUUCCUGUUAAGUUCAAAUGAGAGUUGUGUUGGCAUUUGAGUAUGUAACAUUUAUAUUAUAUAUACCGACUGACUGUAACUUAGACACAGUACAGUAUGAAAACAAAUGACUGAAAAUGGUGCUGUAUACUUAUAUUACAGAAUGUAAGAAGUAUAUUCUAGUAGUAAUGAGGUCUGUUUUAAACAAGAAAUGUUUUUUUAUAGCCACAAGAGUCAUGAUCUUUCAUGUUGCAUCCAUAGACUACAGAUCAAAGCUGGUUAAUUGUAAAGAUCUAAAUGAGUCAAAGUCCAAGGAAUAUCUUACCCAGCAGAAAAAAAGAUCAUUCUGGCUUACUACCAGUGCUUUUUUGUUUGUUUUAAUUUAUAAUUUUCUAGAAUAAAAUGUUUAGAGAGACACA